CGGAAAUUUCAAGCUACGCGGCUCUCCCAAUUGGGCCUAUAUGGGGGCUUUUGGGCAGUCUUCGUCGAGCCCUUUUGGCUCUCAAUCAGUUUUUGGUCAGACCAAUUCAAGUACCAAUCCGUUUGCCCCUAAACCGUUUGGUAGUACGACUCCAUUUGGGUCGCAAACUGGUAGUUCCAUGUUCGGAGGUACUUCCACUGGGGUAUUUGGUGCGGCUCAACAGUCUUCUCCGUUUGCUUCUAAUACAGCUUUUGGGGCUUCAUCCUCGCCGGCUUUUGGCAGUUCCGUGCCCGCGUUUGGGUCAUCUUCAACUCCUGCUUUUGGUAGCUCAUCGUCGUCAUUUGGUGGGUCAUCAGUUUUUGGCCAGAAGCCUGCUUUUGGAGGCUUUGGAUCUACACCCACUCAAGCAAGCCCAUUUGGUGCCACACAGCAAUCACAACCAGCUUUUGGCAGUAGCAUAUUUGGUUCCUCAACACCUUUUGGUGGAUCAUCUCAGCCUGCAUUUGGAGCUACAAGCACUCCAGCAUUUGGUGCUACGAGCACCCCUGCAUUUGGUGCAACAAGCACUCCUGCAUUUGGUGCUACAAGCACUCCUGCAUUUGGUGCAACUAGCACCCCUGCUUUUGGUGCUACCAGCAGUCCUGCGUUCGGUGCAACUAGCACCCCUGCAUUUGGUUCCACCUCAAGCCCAACUUUUGGUAGCACAGGGAGUGCAUUUGGGGUGUCAAGUGCUCCUGUAUUUGGUGGUGGGGGAGCCUUUGGGGCUUCAAGUAGCCCUAUAUUUGGUUCAUCAAGCACAUCUGCAUUUGGUAGUUCAAGUACUCCAUUUGGGGCCUCCAGUACUCCUGCAUUUGGGGCCUCUAGUACUCCAGCAUUUAGUUUUGGAUCCACUCAAGCUUUUGGUCAGUCUUCUUCUGCAUUUGGUAGCAGCAGUCCAUUUGGAAGUACAGCCUCACCCUUUGGAGGUCAGAGUUCAGCAUUUGGAUCUCAAACUCCAUCAUCAACCUUUGGGAAUACUGGUAUUGGCCAGUCAGGUUUUGGAGGUCAACAACGGGGUGGAAGUAGAGUAGCUAGUUACACAGCAACAACUGAAGCAGAUAGUGGUACCUCUGGGCAGACUGCAAAAUUGGAGUCCAUAUCUGCCAUGCCUGUUUACAAAGACAAAAGUCAUGAGGAACUAAGAUGGGAGGACUAUCAAUUGGGAGACAAAGGUGGACCACUUCCCUCUGGUCAGUCUACUGGUUUGGCAGGCUUUAGUUCGUCUACGACACAUACAAAUGCCUUUUCUCCUUCACCUGUGUUUGGUCAAUCAUCAGCCAAUCCUUUCUCUUCCACCACACCUAAUUCUAACCCUUUUGCCCCAAAGAGUUCCCCUUUUUCUUCUGGAUUUGGAACUUCUGCUGCUCCUGCUUUCAGUUCAUCAGCUUUUGGUUCUUCAACAACUGCAGCAGCAGCACCCUCUAUUUUUGGCUCGUCCCCAUCUCCAUUUGGAGCCAACUCUUCUUCAACACCCAGCUUUGGGCAAUCUCCGUCACUGUUUAAUACUGCUCCUGCUCAGGCCACCUCUUCACCAUUUGGCUCAAGCAUUUUUGGCAAUACACAGCCAUCUCCAUUAUUUAGUUCUGCAGCCCCUACAAUUGCACAGACGAGUUCUGCUUUUGGACAGAAUACUUCCCCCUUUGGGCAGACUACACCUUUUACACAAUCAAGCUUGUUUAAUUCACCUUCUUCUGGACUUGUUGGAAGUAUUUUUUCAUCAAGUGCAUCACUCACUUCUAAUAAUCUGUCAGGUUUUGGUCAAACAGCGCCAUCCAUUUCAACACCUUUUCAACCUGCGCAGCCUGCUCAGUCGAGUGGUGCUUUUGGCUUUAGCAACUUUGGUCAGACACAACCUGUGGGUGCAAGCAGCUUCGGUGGCACUCCAGGCCUAUUUGGUCAGAAUAAUUUUGGACUUGCGUCUUCUACCCAGAAUUCUGUGGCUGUACAAGCAGUUCCGAAUACAAAUCCUUUUGGAACACUUCCUGCAAUGCCUCAGAUGUCAAUUGGUCGAGUUGGAACCACUCCUUCAAUUCAAUAUGGAAUCUCUAGCAUGCCUGUAAAGUGCUAUUUCUUGGUUUUAACUUUUGAUUUUGUUGAUUUUUAUGCUGGAUUUUUAAUGAAAGCUAAUGAGUUCAAUGACACCUCAUUCCAGGCACUAGAUAAACCUGCUCCUGUUAGAAUAUCAUCUUUGUUGACAUCUCGUCAUCUCUCACAAAGACGAAUAAGGCUUCCUGUCAGGAAAUAUCAUUCUAAGAAUGAUGGUCCAAGGGUUCCAUUCUUUAGUGAUGGUGAUGAAGAUACUACAACAACACCAAAGGCUGAUGCUCUGUUCAUUCCUAGGGAAAAUCCAAGGGCGUUGAUCAUUUGUCCCAUGGAGCAGUGGCCGGCAAAGGCUUCGGAGAAGUCAUCAACUUUUAAGGAUAGAUCCAUACCAGUGAAUGAGAAUGGAAAUAUCUCUAAAGAGGCAAGUGUAACACCUAAUAGAACCAGUUCACAGGAUAUAGAUAAAGAGAAGAGUGCCGUAGAAAACGGUGUUGUUAAGGAGCAAGCUCAGCAUAUAGCGACAAAGCCAACAUCUAAUGGGAGCAAUGAAGAUCAUUCUCCACAAAAGACUGACGUGUACAAGACACUCAGUGGUCACAGAGCUGGCGAGGCUGCCAUUGUAUAUGAACACGGAGCUGACGUUGAGGCAUUAAUGCCAAAACUGAGGCGGUCUGAUUACUAUACACUGCCUAGGGUACAUGAAUUGGCGGCCAAGGAAAGAGCUGAACCAGGAUUCUGCAGUCAUGUGAAGGACUUCGUGGUUGGAAGGCAAGGUUAUGGCAGCAUCAGAUUCUUGGGAGAGACAGAUGUACGAGGGCUUGAUUUGGAGUCCCUCAUUCAGUUCAACAAUAGGGAGGUCAUUGUGUACAUGGAUGAUUCAAAGAAACCUCCUGUUGGACAAGGGCUGAAUAAGCCUGCUGAGGUCACACUGCUUAACAUAAAAUGUUUCGACAAAAAAACAGGACAUCAGUAUACAGAAGGGCCAAAGAUUGAGAAAUACAAGGAGAUGCUCAAGAGAAAGGCAGAGGACCAAGGUGCUGAAUUUGUAUCAUACGAUCCCACUAAAGGAGAGUGGAAGAUCAGGGUCAACCAUUUCAGCGUCUACAAGCUGGUAGAAGAAGAUGAACACGGUUGGAUAAAUGAUGACGAUCACAACAACUAA